AAAAUCUCACGAUUAACUACGAGACUUUAAAUCUCCAAAAUUUUGUCCGGGCCAAAGAGCGACAUCCGAUGGGGGGAUCGACACUCGGAGAUGCGCGGGUCAAGUGAGGGGUCCUACACUUGGAUGAACUGGGGGAGGAGAGAGCACAGUGGGGCUGUCAUGUAAGCCGUCUCCUCUGGGCCCACCUCUCAGUGCGUACCGCUUCCUGCCUCAGGUAGAAGCUUCAGUGUUUCUGCUGCUCUCCCUCCUCUCUACUCCCUCCCACUGAGCAGGCAACACAUCCCCUCUUAAAGCACCGAAAUGGAGAAGGAGACGUUCUUCUUUCAGAGCUGCUCACAGUGCACUGAGCCGACACUUGCACAGAGUCUGUGUACACUCUGCAACAAGUGGUUGUGUUGCCGGUGCACAGAUGUGCAUCAACAUCAGAGAGCUCAUAUGACUUCCCAGUACAUCGACUUGCACCAACAACAGAAAUCCAGUGCCACCCAGUGUCCUGAUCUGCAUCAGAGAGGCUCCAGUUCCCUGCCUCCUACUGGACAAGGCCCAGGGUCGUACCCUUGUUCCUUCCUCAUGUGCCACUCUCACAGACAGGAGCCCUUGGAGCUUUUUUGCGAGUCAUGUGACCUUCUGUGCUGUAGCAGCUGUCACCUGUCCUCCCACAAAAACCACAGGGUGGUGCAGGUUGGGAAGGCUCUACAGGACCAGCAGUGGCUAUUUGAGAGCCUCAUGAUGCAGGUGGACGACAGGAGGUCUGCAGUGGAGAACAAUGCAAAACAGUUACAGGACAGACUUCAUGGAGUAAAGAUUGCACACAGGAAGGCAGAGAACCAGAUUAAAAUGGCAAAGAUGAUUAUGAUGAACGAGCUUAACAAACGAGCCAACCUAUUAAUAGAGCAACUGGAGAAGAUUUCAGAAGGCUUCCAGCAGCGUCUGGAGGACCAGCUGCAAGGGGCAAUUGAGAUAUGUGGCCAGCUGGACCACAUUCAGAAGUUCAUCACCUGGGCUACGACCCAUCACUGCAGAGGCCCGGUGCUCUUCAGCCGAGCUCUGAUUUCACUUCAGAUGCAGCAGCUGCUUGAGGCGUCACUUCAUUCGGAAACUUGGAGUCCUGUGAAGAUCAAAUUCAACUGGGAUGCCAGUUACUGGACAAAGCAGAUUUCCUCUUUAGGUCAGCUGACUGUUGAGGGUGGAAACUGCUCUUAUCCCCCGGGGCUGGCCUGCUCCAGUGUUAUGAGGCCCCAACCCAUCGCCUGCUUGGCUCUGCCGCCUGUGUUUCACAGGGGACGAGAGCCAGGCUGUGGGUACCAGGCCUGCUGUGAACCCCAAAUGUGUUGCCUGCAUGGCCUUCCCUCUCAGCCAGAUCUGCCCGUCCUAGACAAAAGCCAGCUGGAAGCCACACUUUAUAACUCCAGCUGUGCUCAGCCUGCGCUUAUAUCUGCCUCCUUGAACCAGAACCAGCAGCUCCAGAGGUGCUGGGACAUGGAAAGUUCCCUGCAAUGUCUUCCCCCAGCAUCACCUGUCUCAGUCGGACCCAUCCAGCUCAACUGCAGCCGAGGAUCUGCGUCUCAGCCACAAGCUGCUGACUCCCGGGCCCGCUCCCAGUCUAAAUCCUACCGCUCCUACCGGCAACACCAGAGAGAAGUUCUUCCAGACGGCCAGGCUCAGCUAAGUGGAGACCGUGGCCGGCCAGGCCUGUGUCAGGGGAAAAUGUUGACCAAUGCAUCUCUGCAGCUGGAGCUCAGCCGCACAGUCGUGGACCGAGAUGUGAUGACUGGGGGGAGCUGGGAGGAGAGGUGCAGAGUUGGAGAGACUUGUGGACAAACAGCAGCAGUUGAAAGCAGAGGGUUGCUGGAGCAGGAAAGAAGAAAGCACAACCCUGUCCAACUGCAGCAUCAACUUCAAGUUUCAGCAGAGAUGAGAAAAGAUCAGCAGAGGACCAGACCGCCACUGACGCUCAGAGACCACAGAGGCAGCAGGAGAUCCACAUCCCUGGAGGUGUCGGUGACAGCGCACAACUGUGUAUCUGACAUGCCGAGCAGCAGGCUCAGCCCUAGUUCAGCGUGCUCAAGGAGGAAGAGACGCUCCCAGAGCAUCCCGACAGAACUGGCAGCCCCAUCCACCAGCCAUUGCACCGAGAGGCCCACAGGAUAUACUAACAACCUAGAGGCAGGAGCGGCGAAGAAGUGUGACAUCAUGGAUCCCAGACAGAGGAGAGCUUCAGAUGGGGCGCUCUGUGUUGUUAAGGAAACUUUAUCUGAAAUGGCACCAUCCAGAGGACACCUGUCUCCUUUGCUGUCCUAUAAGAUGGAGCCAGAUCAUCCAUUAACUUAUGUCAGUGAGAUUGAUUAUGAGGCGAAGGAGAAACAUGGGAUGGCAGAAAACAGCCACAACAGUAACAAACUGAAGGACCCCGAAAGGCCCAGGGUUCCAGUGGUUUGCUUAGAACGUCUCAAAAUACUCGUUUCUCAACUCCCACCGCAUGGGCGACGACAGAGUGACCCUUUACCUGCCAGUGGAACGGACAAGAGCGAAACUCUCCCUCAGCAGAGAACCUGGCACGGAGGUGUUGCUGGAAGCUCUGAGACCAGGAGGACCACCCACUCAUUCACAGCGCCGACAUAUGAAGAGCCUCAAUCUGGAAAUCAGUCUAGCACACACUCAACCAGCAGUGACUUUGACAGGCACGACAACAGAGAGAGAUUCAGCUCUCGUAAAGAAUCCUCACUGCCCUCCAACGAUUCUAAAUAUGGGCCACAGAGUUACUCUGCUCUGGAUCUGGACUCUGACUCUGAUCCAAGGUCAAUCUCAGAGAAUGCAGUUGUUUCUCAGGUUGGUCCCAAUCCGCAGCUAGACUCUGAUGCAACACCUGAUUCUGACCCAAAUACACAGUCUUCCUCUGAGGCAGAACUUGAAUGUCUGGCUGAGGAGAGCUCAGGGGCUACAGGAGAGAUGAGGCUGUGUGGAGAUUCUGAGCCCAGUCUCGAAUAUGAGGCAGACCAAGAAUCAGAUGCAGGAGCAGGUUCAGAGGAUGGCCAAGGAACGGGAGUCGAUGCAGAAUCGGGUGAUGCUGAAACAGGGUCUGACAUCCAGCCUGAGUAUGAUCCCGCUUUUCAGGCUGAGACAGAUUCUGAAGCUCUGUCCAAUCAGCUUCCAGAGUCUCAGGGGUCUGUGGAGUCGGAGCUCGACCUCGAGUCCGAGGCUGAACUGACAGGUGAUGACCCACAACCGCUUCGCUCUGACCUGGAAGAGGAUUCCCAGGGUCCCGGUCCUGGUCAGAGACCACUUCUCAUUGCAAACCCUGUUGCUCAGAGAGACACAGAGGAAGUCGAGCUGGAGCAUGACAGCGCAGAGAUGGAGAAUGAGGACUUCUGCGCUGUGUGUCUGAUUGGUGGAGAGCUGCUGUGCUGUGACCGCUGUCCAAAGGUCUUCCACCUGUCUUGCCACAUCCCGCCUCUGCUGAGCUUUCCUUCGGGAGAUUGGGUGUGCAGCCUGUGCAGAGAUGCUGAACAGCCAGAGGUUGAAUACAGCUGUGAGAGUGAGAGAACAUCUCGGGAACACACAUCUGCACAGGGAUUGUCCUUAUGUGACCAGAGAAAAUGUGAGCGCCUGACUCUUCUGAUCCUCAGUAACAUGCUUAGUGCUCCCUUCCAUGAGCCUGUCAGUCCACUGGCGCGCCAUUACUACCAGAUCAUCAAGAGGCCAAUGGACCUGUCUGUGAUCAGGGCCAAACUCAAUAAGGGGCAUACCCGACAUUAUCACUCCCCAGAUCAGUUUGUUGCUGAUGUCUAUCUCAUGUUCCGCAACUGUGCAAAGUUCAAUUAUCCUGACUCUGAGGUGGCCCAAGCAGGCCGCAGCCUCGAGGCCUUCUUCACCUCCAAGCUGAAAGAAGUUUUCCCAGAUUACGUUUUUCCUGUGGUGGAGGCAGACUCUGACAGCGAUGAGUACGAUGAAGCCUACAGGACCACUGAAAGUGGUUUCCCCUGGCCAGAAAGGAGGGAGCAAUGCCACAGGAAGAGGAAGAGGAGACCGUCUCUCAAAUCGAGAAGACAUCACUUCUAAACAGAGGUGCAUGUUUGGUUUGCUACUGUGGUCACAAACCAAACAUGUUGGUUUUGUGUGUAAUUAUACAGUUUUUAUUUAGCGGCCCCUGGGAGUGCAGCAGUUUUUCAUUUCUGUAAUCUAAAAGAGGCCCAACGUUCUCGUUUGCAGCAAUAUGACAGUGCUGCCAUCUGAUGGCAGCUGAACAUAUUGAACUUCAACUAAGAAAUAUUGGAACAAUUAUUAUCCUGACAAACUGAUUCAGGUCAUCAGAAGAAGAGCCAGUGUAAAAUAUAAAAUUAUUUUAGGUCAAUUACUGUAUUCUAUAAGAUUGGAAGAAUUUGUUUGUCAGCACAGAGUUUGUUGCAUUGCUUCUGCAGCCAUCAAACAUUUUAUACUGUAGUAGAGGGGUAAUGAUAUAAUUGUUACUUUUGGCCACUCUUGAUUUGCACUGCACUGCUGACUAUUUUAUGUAUUGAAAUUCACGCCUUGCAUACCCUGAGUCUCAUGCUUUCUUGUACUGAGAAGACACUGUAGCUGAAUGUUUCUAAUCUCACAUCUUUAUCGUGUAGUACUUUUUUAAGCAAACAUAUAAACGGUACUUUAAUAUUGGUAGAUAUGCCAUUAUCAUCAGUGUUGAACAUAUUUAUACACGUGUAACUGCAUAGAGCUUUAUUUUACUAUAUGUGUCAUUUUAAUUACUAAAUGAUUGCAGGCAAUUAUCUUUGGGUUGAUUAUUGAUAUAAUUACAGUUCUGAGUAGCUUUCUUUGAAAAGCAGUGACGAAUCCUUUCGACUUAGUCCAGAAUAAUACAGGAUGUGGGCGAUUGUUACUAUAACCACUUUUAGGGUGCAACAGUAUUAUUAGAGGGUUUACCAUCCUGACCAAUCAGUACGUGAAAAUUUCAAUUUUACAUUUAAUAUGAAUUUAAGUCUGUGUGUACUUUUACGUUUCACCAAAAUCUUUUAAUAUCUAAAUAUCUCAGGCUUAAUAACAGUGUAAGGUAUUGAUAUCAUUCAGUAUUGGUUAUUAAUAAUGUCCUGUUGUUUGUAGAGCCACACUCUUUAAGGAAUCAUUUAAACUAACGCUGUAGCUCAUUUAGUCUUUUUAAAUCUACUUUACUUACUUCCUGCAGCUUGAAAUAAACUUAAGUCGACUUUUUCUGUAAUUAUUGCACACGAGAGUGGAUGUACAAUAUGUAUAAUGUUAAUUGGUUUAAUCAGUAGAUGUACUAAAACUUCCUACUGUAUCAGGGAAGAUUGAUAAACUAUAGUUACUGUCACUGUUUCAGGAGAACGGGUUCGGUUUUGUCACCACCCUCUUUUUUUCUUUUUUCUUUUUUUACUGUAACAGCACGGCAAAUGCACACAUCAAUAUCAAUAUAAAUAAAUGCAUACAAGAGAAAACUAAA